AUGCCCGAAGAUACUCUUCCGCGGGGCGAGGUGAUCGGAAUCAUUAUUGGGGCACUGGCCCUGUUUUCCCUGAUUAGCCUCUUUCCUAUAGCUCUCAUGUGGCAACACCGGCGCCGUGAUGCUUCCCGCCGUGCUAGUCAAACUGCCAUUCUCACUUCAUCAAUGCAGGAGGUUUCUGUGGACCGAUGGCUCAAUGAGCAAAAUGAUCCCAGCGAUAUUGCACAUUACGACCAAGACAUGUGGUAA